GAAGCCUGUCUAGAGAUAGGUAUGGCCUCAAAAGUAUAAGUAGCACGCGUUCUAGGAGACAAUGAGGGGCUAAACUGCUUGCUUACAACGGAGACUGUUUUGAGAGUGCGGGGAAUCGCUUAGCACCAUUGGCUCUAGUCAGCUCCGACGGACCGACUGGCUCACAACCACGGCCUCAGGUUUUGUAUAAGCCCACCCAACCCCAUCUAAUCCAUCCCCCACAUUGUUCCUGCCCGCGCAUCAGUGCCACCUUUACCCCGCAUUCUUUGUCUUGAUCCACCAUGGCCGCCGCUGUGACUCACCCAAACCUCCACGACGACAGCGAGUCGAGGCCCGUCACUGUCGAUGCCGCACAAUACUAUGGCGGACAGGAGUUCCAAGGUCGCUCGAGGACUUACAGCGCAUCGGGCACGUAUGGCUACAACCCCAAACGCCUCCCCGCAUUCGAAGAUGAUUGGCAUCUGCGUCCCCGACGGAUGUCCCACGACGAGAAGAGCACCGCGCCUCGUCGCUUCCUCAUUGAUGUAGAAGAGACAAUUCGUCUUGUCCUCGAGCAGGAGGACACUGACGGUGACUUCCAAAUCAGUAUUACUGACGCGGGCCCUAAGAUUCUCUCCCUUGGCACUGCGACCAGCAACGGCUACAAGAGUUUCGACAUUCGGGGGACGUAUAUGCUCUCCAACCUCCUCCAAGAACUCGCCCUCGCUCGUGAUCACAACAGGAAGCGCAUUGUCCUCGACGAGGCGCGUCUGACUGAGAACCCAGUCGACCGCCUCUCUCGCAUGAUCAAGAACUCUUUCUGGCAUUCUCUGACUCGUCGCAUCGAUGGCGAUGGCCUCGAAAUUAUCUGUGCAGAUCCCAAGAACCGCACUGGUCGUGUGCAGCCUCGCAUUUACAUCCCGCACGGCGAGCCUGCCAUGGCUGACUACUACAGAAAGAUCGCCCGAGAGAAGCCACAUCUGAACUUGGACGUUCAAGUCCUUCCUCCGAAACCUGACGAUCCGCAUUUUGUGAAGAGUCUCAACAGCAAACCGGGUAUUCUGGCUUUAGCGAUGAAUGAGGUUGAUGAUGGCAAGGGCGGUCGUACCCUGAAGGGCAUUCCCUUCAUUGUGCCCGGAGCUCGUUUCAACGAGCUCUACAACUGGGACUCGUACUUCAUUUCUCUUGGCCUUCUCGUCGACGGUCAAGUGGCAAUGGCCAAGGGCCUCGUUGAGCACUUCAUCUUCGAGAUCAAGCAUUACAACAAGAUCCUCAAUGGCAGUCGAUCCUACUACCUCUCCCGAACUCAGCCACCCUUCCUCACCGACAUGGCUCUGCAAAUCUAUAACCAGCUAGACCGCUCUGACCUCGAAGCUAACCGCAGGUGGCUUAAGCGCGCAAUCCAAGCAGCAAUCAAGGAGUACCACACCAUCUGGGUUGCGGAGCCUCGCAUUGAUCCCAAGACCGGUCUUUCCCGUUUCCGCCCAGAAGGUGUCGGCAUCCCGCCUGAGACGGAGGCCACGCACUUUACGCACAUCCUCGAGCCGUACGCGCACAAGCACGGGCUCUCCGUUCUCGAGUUCAGCGAGAAAUACAACGAAGGCCAGUUGAAGGAGCCUGAGCUCGACGAGUACUUCCUGCACGACCGUGCGGUGCGCGAGUCUGGCCACGACACGUCCUACCGUCUUGAGAAGCGGUGCGCGAACUUGGGGACGAUCGAUCUCCAAGCGCUGCUGUACAAGUACGAGAUCGAUAUCGCGACUGCCAUUCGAGAGGUAUUCGACGACGAGCUUGAGCUCGAGGAGGACUUCCCACUCGCGCCGUUCCCGCCGUCCCCUGAGGCAUACGCGCACCCGUACCGUGAGCGCUCGACGAGCCGCAAGCAGUUUAGUGAGGAAUGGUUCGAACGGGCAGAAUGGAGGCAGGGUGUAAUCGACAAGUACUGCUGGAACGAGAGCAAGGGCUUGUACUUUGAUUACGACACCGUGCAGGAGAAGCAGAGCUUGUACGAGAGCGUCACUGCGUUCUGGACCUUGUGGGCUGGGUGCGCGAGCGACGAUCAAUGCUGGAAGCUUGUCUCGCAAUCGCUCAAAAAGUUCGAAGUUCUGGGUGGCUUGGUCUCGGGGACGGAGGAGUCUCGGGGAAAGAUUUCUCUGGAUCGUCCCAACCGACAGUGGGAUUACCCUUAUGCUUGGCCUCCGCAUCAGAUCAUGGCGUGGGUUGGCCUCGAACGGUAUGGCUAUCUUGAGGAUGCCCAAAGACUGGCGUACAGGUUCCUCUACAUGAUGACCACUGCCUUCGUGGAUUUUAAUGGUGUAGUGCCUGAGAAGUUUGACGCUGUCAAGCUUUCACACCUUGUGGACGCCGAGUACGGGAACCAGGGACUCGACUUCAAGAUGGUUCCUCGGGAGGGCUUUGGGUGGAUGAAUGCCGCCUACCAAGUCGGUCUCUCAUUCCUGACGAGCCACAUGCGCCGCGCGGUCGCUGCUUGCACUUCUCCCGAGGUCUUCUUUGGCAGGUCCAUGAUGGGCGAGCACACUGCCGCCCCGCCGUCUAGCGUUGUCAACGACCCCCUGGGAAUGGCAAUGGAGAACCUGACGCUCAACACGAACAUUCCUAGCACCAGCACCGCCAUCAACGCCGCAGCCUCGUUUGUGCCCUCACAUUCACCCGCUGGGAGCAUUCAGUAUAACUACUACUUCCCCGGAGGCCUCUCCCCAAUCUAGAUUAUUCUAGUGGCAUAGUGCGUAUAGUUUGGGUCGGCGAAGUCUGAUUACAGAUUCGGUUUGAUUUCUCUUCUACUGUAAAAAGUAUCCAUCGCUUGAGAAGCCGAGUAAUUCCGCAUCCUCUAUAACGAUGCUCUCUCUUCCACACGUUUCACUCCUUCAUCACGUUCCCGUCAGGCUUCAUUGCAUCGCAAUUAGAGCUACUCUAGAUGCACGUUCUCGUUCCCAAUCACUCCGCAGUACCAAUUCGUGUAACAUCUAUCCAUGUUCCUUCAGUGCCUCUGCGCAUCGUCAGCCUAGUUAGAUACCAACCUCCUUCAGCUUCCUCUGUUAUCUUGGUACAAUCUCGUUAAUGAUCGUCUACUAGCAACUCGCGGACAUCGUGUCUUUCUUUUUUCCUUAUUUUUUCUACUGGAUGGUCAUCUUGGUGGUUCGUGGGUUCUUAGCAUUCAAUAGAUGGAUUAUGUCUUGCAUCGC